GUCCUUCCCACCAACACCAACUUGGAAUCUUUGGAUGUACUUAGUCUCUUUGAUUGCUCCAUGUUGAAACAUUUUCCUGAGAUCUCCACAAACAUCAGAAAACUCUACCUCGUAGGAACUGCAAUAGAACAAGUGCCUCCUUCGAUCAGUUCAUGGCCUCGUCUUGAAGAGUUGAAGAUGUCAUACUUUGAAAACCUAAAAGAAUUCCCUCAUGCUCUUGAAAGAAUCACAGGCCUGUACUUAACCGACACAGAGAUACGAGAGCUUCCUCGGUGGGUCAAGAAAAUCUCUCGUCUGGAAACAUUCGUGCUAAAUGGAUGCCGAAAGUUGGUAUCACUCCCACCGAUUUCAGAGUCCAUCAGUUACAUGGAUGCAAGUAACUGCGAGUCUCUGGAGAUACUAGAGUGCUCCUUUCACAAUCCAAUAGCUGAGCUCAUCUUUGCAAACUGCUUCAAACUGAAUCAAGAGGCGAGAGACCUCAUCAUCCAGAGUCGUAGUGAAGGGGCAGUCUUACCAGGUACACAAGUGCCUGCAUACUUCACUCACCGAGCUACUAGUGGAGGUCCAUUGAUGCUCAAGUUGACUGAAAACCCUCUUAAAAAAUUCAUGACAUUUCAAGCUUGCAUCUUGCUGCUUACUAAAGGUGACCGUGAAGCUAGCUCUGAAGAGAAAUCAAGGGUAGUGCAGGUUAUGUUUAAUAAUAGAAGUCAUACUCUAUAUCCGGCUUUAGCAGAGCAUCUUUACAUAUUCCGAGUCGUAGCGGAGGUUGCUUCCAGCGAGCUUCUCUUUGAGUUCAAGCUGAAAAGGGAUGAUGUUUGGAAGAUGGGAGAAUGUGGGCUAGUCCAAGACUUGGAGUUCCCUUCAUUUUGGUGA